AUGAGAUUCCAUUCCUUCCUGUCUGUCCUCUUCCUCUUUGUGAUGGUAACACAGAAAGGAAAGACUGGCGUUAUCCCAGGGGAAAGGCAGUGCAUUUUGUUGAAAGGGAGAUGCAAAGAUAUGGCAUGUACGUCCACAGAUGAUACCAUCGGCGAAUGUGAUCAGGAGAAAAAGUGCUGUCGGAAGUGGUGGAUAUUUGAGCCGUACCCAACACCAGUUCCUAAAGCGAAGUCUCCUUAG